AUGCAGCAAUCUACUUCCGAACCAUGCGCGACACUAGCCACCGGACACCUGCAGACCAAGGACCAAUCAAGGACGGUUGGGACGACGACACCAAGGACCGCAUCGCUAGCCCGAGCCUUUCGAGGAUGCUUCCGAUCUGAGCGGAGCCAGGAUCAGCUACCAGAGGAACUCAACGAUGACGGCAACGUACAUGGGAGAGACACUGCGAGAUGUUACUGCCUUGACAAUUACGGAAGUAUGGAACGACGCCAGGUCAGCAACCAGGUCGUUAACAAGGAAAGUGGACAAAGCCCAGAUGGGCCGACACCCAGACUAGUGUCGCUUACAGGUUUAGGCGACGACGCCACACAGUCUUCGCUGGCUUCGCCGUCUGGAAGACGUGAUGCGGCUGCGUGCUGUGGUUGCGACGCCCCAACAAAGGCGGAUUUCCUUAACUGA